CAGCAAAUCACUAAAGAGUGAAGACGUUUCUGUAUAUAUACAUUAUACAACAUUCACUCCAUUUGUUUUCGUUUGGCCUGAGUGCACCACAAAGUUAUUUUGGGUUAUUUUUUUUAACAACACUAGAAAGUUUUCGUAGCUGUGUUUUUAAUACGUACCGUACACCAAUAUGCGACCGGCGAAAAAAUAGACAAGAAAUAAGAAACAGUAAACAAUUUCCACAAAAAACAAAGUCGUUGUUAUGCGCACAGAGUCAGCAUGGACGCUACGAAAAAACCCGAACACAAAAAUCCACGCAAAGGAGCAAAUCCACUGUCGCAGUUGAUGUUCGGAUGGGUGAUACCGACACUAUACAAAGGUGUGCGAAAUGGUCUCAAUGUGGAUGAUUUGACACAAUGCUUAACAGAAGAUCAGUCAGAAUUACUCGGUGAUAAACUAGAUGUAAAAUGGAAAAACGAACUCGAACAAGCUAGCAAACAGAACCGUCCACCGAAGCUACGAAAUGCCUUAUUUAAAACGUUUGCUUCAUCCGUCGUUCUAGAUGGAUUUUUAGUUUUAAUGUUUGUACUAUUAAGAACGUUACUGCCCGUCGUAUUGGCUCAAUUACUCAUCCAAUUCCAAGAUCAGCCAAUCGUGACAACUGCUUCGCAUAGUUUCUUAAACGAUACAAAUCAAUUACAAUUGAAUCGAAGUGCACGAUACGCACAGCAGAAUGUCAACCAAUUUAGAUCAAUUGAGAGUUUACCAUCGCAAGAUGAUUUUCUUCAAUUUGAUGAAUUAAUUUAUGGCAAUUCAGCUCCACCGAAAAUCAAACGAGAAGUGAAAUCAGAUUCUCACAAUAAAAUCAGCGAUGAUGAACUCAGCAAAACGUUUGAGCCGAAGCCCGUUUUGCGUGAAAUGCAUGAGGAUCCGGGCGAUGAAAGUUUAGCUGAUGAAAUGGAAAACUUUUUCAUAUACGUCUGGGGAGACAUGUACUGCUUAGCUACAAUCGUCGUAUUCAUGACACUGUUCGGGUGUUUCUUCGCUCAUCAUGCUGAUCUGAGGCAACGGAUGGUUGGUGCACGAAUGCGAGUCGCGUGUUGUUCACUAGUUUAUAGAAAGACACUCCGUUUGUCCAAGAAAUCAUCUAGUCAGACAGGUGCCGGAUAUAUAGUUAAUCUGCUGUCCAACGAUGUGAGUCGAUUGGACUAUGGUUUCAUUUACGUGCACUACGUCUGGAUUUUACCAUUACAAUCGGCUCUAAUUGCGUACUUAAUCUGGAAUCACAUCGGAUGGGCGUCUCUGGUCGGUGUUAUAGGCUUACUGAUCAAAACGAUUCCGGUGCAGACUGGUCUCAGCCGUUUAUCGUCGGUGGUGCGUAUGAAAGUUGCCCGGCGAACGGAUCAACGGGUGGGCAUUAUGCACGAAAUCAUUCAAGGGAUUCAAGUGAUUAAAAUGUACGCGUGGGAGAAGUCUUUCCGUCGCGUAGUGGCUGUGUCAAGAAACAGAGAGGUGAAACAAGUUCGCUGGGCAUCGUACAUCCGAGGAGUGAACCAGAGCACAAUGGUGUUUACCGAACGUUCCACUCUAUUCAUUACGAAUUUGGCUUGUGUCUUGGCAGGGCACACUAUACGGGCGAGUGUCGUGUUUUCUAUGGCUCAGUUUUUCAAUGUUCUGCAACUUACAGCAGCCAUCUUUUAUCCAUUGGCUCUAUCACUGGGAGCCGAAGCCUUAGUAUCAAUUAGUCGUGUCGAAGAGUAUUUACUGAUGGAAGAAAAGGAUGAAUCGAAUAACGGUUUGAUUCGACAAUCAGAACACAAGGAUGCACUAGCACCGUCAUUAGACAUUGACCACAUAUCAGCUUCGUGGACCAAUUCCCUGCAAAAUACAUUGGACGAUAUUUCUUUUAGCGUGAAACCAGGACAAUUGUGUGCAAUUAUUGGACCGGUCGGGUCCGGAAAGAGCUCCCUACUUCAUUUACUUCUCGGAGAACUUCCCAUUAAGCAUGGCGUUGCUAAAUUGAGCGGAACGAUAUCAUACGCAUCCCAAGAACCAUGGCUCUUCACCGGAACCGUUAAAAACAACAUUUUGUUCGGGCAAUCGUUUGACAAGAAGAGAUACAACGAGGUCGUUAGUUGUUGCUCCCUGAGAACCGAUUUCGAGCAACUAGCGAAUGGCGACAAAACAGUCGUAGGAGAACGUGGUGCUUCGUUGUCCGGCGGCCAGAAAGCUCGAAUUAGUUUAGCUCGAGCUGUUUACAAGUCAUCUACGAUCUACUUAUUGGAUGAUCCGUUGAGUGCCGUCGAUGCGCAUGUCGGAAAACAUUUGUUCGAUGAAGUCAUCGGUCCCAAGGGUUGUUUAGCCUCGACCAAAUCUACACGGCUAUUGGUAACACAUCAGGUCCAUUUUCUGAAAGAGGCUGACGUCAUUUUAAUCAUGGAACAUGGGAAAAUCGUGCGCCAAGGAACUUACACCGAACUGGCUAACAGCAAUCUGGAUUUUGCCAAAUUAUUGCAAAAGCCGGUGGAAAAGGAUACGUUGAGUACGAAAACGGAAGAUGGACUGACCUACGAAGAAGACGAUAUUCCGUACAUCGAUGGAGUAUCCGGGUAUCAGCCGAUGCGCUUGCGAACAAGUAGUGGACUCAGUGAUAGGGAUUCAUCGAAGAAAUCGAUUAAUUCGGAAAAGGAAGACAUCUACAAUCAAGAUGAAGAGGAACAAGCUGAGGGUGGUGUGUCGUUCAGAGUUUGGCGGAAAUAUUUUGGUGCUGGCGGAACGUACGCGAUGUUGAUAUUGACGUCGUUUGUCAUGAUCUUUUCACAAGUUGUCGUGAGCUGCAACGACUACUUUGUAAACUUCUGGACCCAACAAGAAGAAAUCAGAUCGAGUGGUGCCGAGCCACUCCUAACCACAACACAAUGCCUGUACAUCUAUGGCUCGCUGAUAGCUGGCGUUGUGAUCGUGUGCCUGUGGCGCGGAUAUCUAUUCUUCAACAUCUGCAUGCAAGCGUCGAACACAUUGCACGACAAAAUGUUUGCGAGAAUGUUGGGUGCGACGAUGCGAUUUUUCGACACCAAUUCGUCCGGUCGCAUUUUGAAUCGAUUUUCGCGCGAUAUGGGUGUCAUCGAUGAAAUGCUGCCCAAGGCGUUAAUGGAAGCUAUCCAGAUACUGUUGGUCAUGUUCGGUAUUCUUAUAAUGGUCAGCAUUGUCAAUCCGGUGAUGAUAGGUGCUAUAUCCGGAGCGAUGUUACUGUUCGGUGCCAUAUUGAAAUUGUACUUAAGACCUUCGCAAGACCUUAAGCGACUGGAAGGAAUCGCGAAAAGUCCGGUGUUCUCUCACUUGACGGCUACUCUGCUUGGCAUUUCAACGAUUCGUUCGAGAGGACUACAGCCUCAUUUAGCGAAAGAAUUCGACUUGUUACAAGAUGUUCAUAGCAGUACCUGGCAAUUGGCUGUGUCUGCGAAUACGGCUCUGGGUUUAUGGUUGGAUUGUGUCUCGACAGCGUUUGUAGCUUGUGUCACCUACAGUUUUAUUGUGCUGUACGAUGAAACAUUCAGCGGAAACGUUGGUCUAGCUAUAUCUCAAGCUCUCAUUCUAACUGGAAUGGUUCAGUAUGGCGUUCGUCAAACAGCAGAAUCAGCUCAACUGAUGACAAGCGUUGAACGAGUACUUCAAUAUACCGAUCUUGCUCAAGAGCCAACGCCCAACAAAGAUCCGCCACCAUCAUGGCCACAAAGAGGUCACGUAAGGUUUGAAAAUAUGUCGCUCAAGUACGAUGCAUCAUUGCCAGCCGUCCUAAAAAAUCUGAACGUUGACAUAGAGCCGGGAUGGAAAGUUGGAAUUGUUGGGCGGACAGGAGCCGGUAAAUCGUCCCUAAUCGGAGCCCUGUUCCGAUUGUGUCACAUUGAAGGAAAAGUGUUGAUCGAUGAUAUCGAUACGGGGUCCAUUUCCUUGGAGAGCUUGAGGUCCCAUGUGUCGAUAAUACCACAAGAUCCUGUCUUGUUUAGCUCAACAGUGCGAGAAAAUUUAGAUCCGUUCCAUUUGUUCACUGAUGACGCUCUGUGGAUGUCGUUGGAAGAUGUCGAACUCAAAUCAUCUAUCGGCAGCCUCGACUUCAUGGUCACCGAAUCGGGCAGCAAUUUUAGCGUUGGUCAGCGACAAUUGAUUUGUCUCGCUCGGGCCAUUCUACGUAACAAUAAGGUGCUCGUACUCGAUGAGGCCACAGCUAACGUUGAUCCACAAACGGAUGCGCUGAUACAACGCACUAUUCGGGAAAAGUUUAAAGACUGCACGGUUUUAACGGUGGCACAUCGUUUACAUACAGUCAUGGAUUCGGAUCGAAUUCUCGUCAUGGACGCUGGUUUCGCCCGAGAAUUCGAUUAUCCUCACUUACUACUACAACAACCGGAUAGUGUACUUAGCGGUAUGGUUGAAGCUGUCGGUGUUCAUGAAGCCGAUCAACUGAAGACUAUAGCACACGAUACUUAUAUGCAGCACCACUUAAAUGAAGAGGAGGAUAUGUGAUGCCAUUCACCGUAAAGAAAUAGGUUUUUUUUAAAUUAUACAAAAAAGUGGUCUUAGAUUGAAUGUACCUACCGCGUUUUAAACAGAUUUUGCGUUAUGUUACUUAAGUUAUAUGUUUAUACAACAAUUAAUUGAAUGAAUCGAAUAGUAAAUUUAUAUUAAAAGUUGUUAAGUUGUUCUCAAA